AUGGCUCUCGGUACCACCAUUCCACCGCCCAACAUUCGUACCAUCCCUCAGGUGGGACGUUCCUGGAUUUAUCUUAGCCGUUUCGCUCCGGACAUGACGGAUGAGGACGUCCGGACCCUGGUUACGACGCAGGUUGUGCGCAAAUGUGAUUGUGCGACGUUUCAACAAAACUUUAGGAUAUCCAAAGAUAUUUUCAUGGAUAUUGUGUCCUUGAUUGGACCCCACAUAGCCGCUCGGACCGAUUAUGGUUUGACGGAGGAACAAAAAUUAGCAGCUUGUUUGCGGUACUUUGGUGAAGGAAGAUAUCAGCAUGGAACUGGAAAAGAUUUCCAUGUUGCAAUGGCGCAGUCAACGUUCUCGAAGGUGCUACGUGAUGUACUUCCACCAAUGCAAUCCCUUUUGGGCGACUGGAUAAAAUUAAUUAUGACCGAAGAAGAACGAAUUGAGGCUAAGGAAUAUUUUUUCCAAAAGAGUGGCCUUCCUGAUGUGGUGAUGUGUGUAGAUGGAACACACAUCAAAAUAAAAAAACCUAAGCUACGGCCAUUGCAGUAUAUGAACCGAAAAAAAUUUUACAGCAUAAAUGCUAUGAUAGUAUGCGAUCAUAAAAACCGAAUUCGAGCAAUCGAUGCCCGGUUUGCUGGGUCGCAUCAUGACGCACACAUUUGGAGGGUUAGUCCAAUAAGCAAGCAUUUUAUGGAUCGACACAGAAAUGGAUUCAACGAUAAAUUGCUAGGUACAUUUAUAACAAGAAAGCCUUACAGGGAUCCAGAUUCAGGGUCUCCAGAAUCUGAAUUUAAUAGGAAGCAUUCGUCUGGACGUAUGAUAGUGGAGAGGACAAUCGGUUUGCUCAAGAGUAGAUUUAGAUGCUUGUUAGGAGUAGAUGGAAUAUUAAAUUAUGAACCGCAAAAAUGUGCACAAAUUAUUAAUGUAUGUUGUGCUUUACACAACAUAUGUGUUGAAAAUAAUAUAGAAUGGAACCUCCAUUUCCAAUCUUUACUAGAAGAUGUGGGAAAUGAUUCCGAUUAA